GGCACGCGUGGAGGCACGGGGAAGGCUGAGCUGGAAGAGGAAGAAGAAAGCGAUGCUCAUCUCUGGAAGAAAGAAGAGAUCUCCGUAGCGCUUCCUAUCAGUGCUCCUGGACCAUGUCACCGGGAGGAAGAAGAGGGCUCACAGACUGACUUGGAAGCCGGCUGGGAACUACUUGCCUGCACCUGCCAAGCCAAGUAAUGCAGCCUGGCACAGAGCACAGAUAUGGUGAUGAUGAAUGUAGGGGUAAGCACCUCUGCUCCCUUACACCCCACCUCAGACACAAGUGUGGGCACACCCACCUUUUCUGUUGUGGACUAUGUAGUGUUCACCCUACUGCUGCUUCUCUCCCUGGUCAUCGGCCUCUACCAUGCUUGCCGUGGCUGGGGCCAUUCUGUUGGUGAGCUGCUGAUGGCAGACCGCAAAGUGAGCUGCCUUCCAGUGGCACUGUCUCUGCUGGUCACCUUCCAGUCAGCUGCGGCCAUCCUGGGAGUGCCAUCUGAGAUCUAUCGAUUUGGAACACAGUAUUGGUUCCUGGGCUGCUCCUACUUCCUGGGACUGCUGAUUCCUCCUCACAUCUUCAUCCCAGUCUUCUACUGCCUGCGUCUUACCAGUGCCUAUGAGUAUCUAGAGCUUCGAUUUAAUAAAGCAGUACGAAUUUGUGGAACUGUGACCUUCAUCUUUCAGAUGGUGAUCUACAUGGGGGUUGUGCUCUAUGCUCUAUCCUUGGCCCUAAAUGCAGUGACUGGCUUUGAUCUGUGGCUGUCUGUGCUGACCCUAGGCAUUGUCUGCACCAUAUACACUGCACUGGGUGGGCUGAAGGCUGUCAUCUGGACAGAUGUGUUCCAGACACUGGUUAUGUUCCUAGGGCAGCUGGUAGUAAUCAUUGUAGGAUCUGCCAAAGUGGGCGGCAUGGGGCGUGUAUGGGAAGUGGCUUCCCAGUCUGGCUACAUCUCUGGGAUUGAACUGGAUCCUGACCCCUUUGUGCGACAUACCUUCUGGACUUUGGCCUUUGGGGGCGUCUUCAUGAUGCUCUCCUUGUAUGGGGUGAACCAGGCUCAGAUGCAGCGCUACCUCAUUUCCUGCACGGAGAAGGCUGCUGUGCUCUCCUGCUAUGCUGUGUUCCCUUGCCAGCAGGUGGUCCUCUGCACGCGCUGCCUCAUUGGCCUAGUCAUGUUUGCCUAUUACAAAGAUGACAGCAACACUAUGAGCACCCAGCAGCGUCAAGCAGUGCCAGAUCAGCUAGUUCUCUACUUUGUGAUGGACCUCCUGAAAGACCUGCCGGGCCUCCCAGGACUCUUUGUUGCCUGCCUCUUCAGUGGCUCCCUCAGCACCAUAUCUUCAGCAUUCAAUUCACUGGCAACUGUUAAAAUGGAAGACCUAAUACAACCCUGGUCCACACAGUUCUCUGAAACCCGAGCCAUCAUGCUUUCCAGAAGCCUUGCUUUUGGCUAUGGCCUGCUUUGUCUGGGCAUGGCCUAUAUUUCCUCCCAGAUGGGACCUGUGCUUCAGGCAGCAAUCAGCAUCUUUGGCAUGGUUGGGGGACCACUGCUGGGACUCUUCUGCCUUGGAAAAUUCUUUCCUUGUGCCAGUCCUCCUGAUGCCAUCGUGGGUCUGCUGGCUGGACUCAUCAUGGCCUUCUGGAUCGGCAUUGGGAGCAUAGUGACCAGCAUGGGCUCUGGUGUGGCACCUCCUUCCCUCGAUGCACCCAGCAAUCUGACCACUGCUACUGUGACCACCCUCAUACCCUCUAUCACUCUCUCCAAGACCACAGGACUGCAGAGGUUUUAUUCCCUGUGCUAUUUAUGGUACAGCACCCACAACUCCACCACAGUCAUUGUGGUGGGCCUCAUUGUCAGUCUGCUCACCUGGGGAAUGUGGGGCCGGCCCCUAAACCCUGGUACUAUUUAUCCUGUGCUGCCAAAGCUCCUCGCCCUCCUGCCCCAGCCCUGCCAGAAACGGCUUUGCUGCAAAAGCCACAGCCAGGACUCCCCUGUGAACACUGCCCUGUUUCCAGAGAAGAUGAGGAAUGGAGUGCUGCAGGACAGCAGAGAGAAGGAGGAGAUGGCUGAGAACAGUUCCACUUACCAGGGGUGUAGUCCCACCUAUGUUGUUCAGGAGACCUCCCUGUGA